AUGGCUACCCGGCAGCUUCUCGACCAGGUCAACGAGUUGCUGGAGCGCUGCGACUCGCCCAUCCGUUUCGAGCCGUCCGCCGACCUGGUAGUCCCAAAUGACCGUCUCGGCAGAAGAUAUUUGGGGCACAUCAAAUCUGGGCUCCAGGAGGCCCUGUCCGCCGGUCUGCCGCCGCCUCAUCUCCGGCCCGUCUGGGUGACACGUUUCUUGUUGCGCGGCCUGGAGGCCAUGGUUAUCCUUGACGAUCCUGACGUCGAGGAGCACGACCUCAAAUCCUCUGAGUUCGAGAAAAUCGACCCUGAUCGUCUACUCCCGAUCCGAGAAAUGCACACCACCGAAGUCCCCCCUGCCCCACUUACGGACAUCGAUCUGCUGCAUCUAGCUGAAAGUUUGAGCCCGACAAUCCAACCGAAUUCCGAUGAGCUGUUGAAGAUCAUCAGGGAGAUAAGCCCGGAAUCGGUGGUUGAUCAACAUGGAAGGUCGAUCGAUAUUCUGAAGAUUACGCGAAGCCAUAGCCCGAAUAAUCUCAGUCCGACUAUCGAAGAUUUCGACGGAUUUGGCAAGAAGGACAGUAACGAGAUCGAGAGUCCGAACGUCGAUAUUCUAAAGGUAUCGAAAAACGGACCAGAUAGUCCUCCCGAAAAAGAGGCAGUUGCUUUCAAAAUCGAAGAAACUGAUGCGUUAAAAGUAGUGCAACGGAAUAGCCCAAAUUCGUGGGACGAGGAGAAUAAGGCUAAUAUCUUGAAGGUUGAAAUCGGAACAGGCCACAACGAGGGGAAGCUGGAGAAAACGGAUAUGGUCAGGGUGCGACAAGGGGAGAGCCCGAAUAAACCAAAUAAGAAGAUGGUAUGGAAGAAGCGACCAGAUUCCGAGCACGUGAAGCAUGAAAAGCAAAAAAUUAAACUAGAAUCGAGUGAAGACGAAGCCAAUGAAGUUGAUAUUCUGAAGGUCAGACGUGGAAAAAGCCCAACUAAAAAUCGAACGGAUAAGGAUGAAGCUGAACAACCGGGAAGUUAUCCUGAAGAAAAGGAGAAACCAGAAAAGCCAAAACGUUCAAGAAAGGAAUCUAGCAAAAAUAAGCCCGAGCCAGAAAACAACGCUGAUUUUUUGAAGGUGUCUAGAGGAAAUAGCCCAAAUCGCGAAAAAGCAGCCCAUGGAUCCGAGACUGAAGAAAAGGAAAAAGCCGAUGCGUUUGAAGCGGGAAAACGCGAAGGUGAAAGCGAGGAACAACCCGCCGAUAAGAAGAACGAACCGGAAAACGAAGCAGACAUUCUGAAGAAGGCGAAAAAUCGACGAAUUCACGGUGAGUCUGAAGAAUUAACAAAACAUGAGAAGCCAGAGUCCGAGGAUUCUGAAAAUUCGGCAAAAGCUCAACGCAGCCCGGAUAGCCAUGAAAUAGCAAACCAGGACCCCGACUUCCCGGCCGUCGAUAUUCUGAAAGUAUCGCAAGCUGUCAGCCCGAAUCGAAAAUCCAAGAAAGCUUGGAUUCAAAGGGUCCAGCAUAUCGCUAAAGGUUACGCAUGCUGUAACGUCAAGCUUAACAACCUGAUCGAAAACACGUACAGCGAAAUUAAAGCAUCACCAAAAUACAACGCCUGCAACAUCCAGAUCAUCGCCAACAAGAUCCAGGAGGCGGCUCAGAACGAGUUUUCGCACCCCUUCGAAACCGUUGCUGCACUUGGGGACUUUGCGCAAAACGUGCAUUUCGCCGGGGAUUUGGUCUGUAAGGUGGAGAUCGAUGGAAAAUACAUGCUCGCCUAUGGUAGCCCGUACAAAGCUGAUAUGGCCCAUAACGCCACGGGACCGAUGAUGCAGCGGCUUGCGCUCUUUUCGUUGAGAAUC